UAACAUGCUUUGUUAGCUUCCAACUUCGAAGUAUACUUCCAUUUAUGAACUAAAAAUAAAUUUUAACCAUAUAUAUCCAACACACAAACACAGGCUAUGGAAGGUUCAGGUUUUGUCAAUUCUCUAGCACAUAAUACUCUCCUAAUUCCACUUUUCUUCAUUUUUACUCUCACUCUAGUUUCCGCCAUGGAGAAAACUAGCACUGAAUUCAUCAGAACGUCAUGCGGUAUGACGGUUUACCCUACUCUCUGCUUCAAUUCACUGUCGGCUCGAGCAGGUGAAAUCCAAACCAGCCCUAAACUACUAGCCCAAAUAGCUCUAUCAGUUACCCUUGACACCACCAUUUCCACCUCAUCAUCAAUGGUAAAAUUGGCGAAAAUGCAUGGCAUGACUUCUCGGGAGGUUUCUGCUAUGAAAGAUUGCAUUGAGUUAUUAAGUGAUUCAGUGUAUGAAUUGAAAAAUUCACUUGAGGAGUUGAACCGGCCGGGUUCCAAAGAUCACAAGCUAGUCAUGAGCGACAUACAAACGUGGGUUAGUUCAGCUAUGACGGAUGAAGAUACGUGCUGUGAAGGGUUUGCAAAUGACCCAAAAAUGAAAAAUGUGGUGAGAGGAAAGAUUCUGAAUGCUGCAAACUUAACUAGCAAUGCUUUGGCUUUUAUCAAUAAUUAUGCUUCUCUGCAUGAGUAGGUCGAUUAAAGAAAUUAAGUGUAUACUUCUUAGAUCUAUUUUUAGAAUCAUAUAAUAUAGCAAGGCAGCUGAAUGAAAUUAAUUAAAUAGCUACAAAAUUUCAAGCACUUAAAGCAGAACUCAACUAGAUACUAUACGUAGCAUAUGUAUAGAAAUAUGCGUGAAUGUAUGAAAAACUGUGUAUACGAUUGCAAAUACAAUAUAAUUAUUUUUAUUUACUA